CCCAAUUCCGUCGAAAUGCAGAUCAUCCACCUUCGCAUACCUCUCCAAUUUACGCGCCAAAAUCACAGAUGCUCUGUUACUCUCUGCCUCGAAAUUCUUUACCUUCCUUACCAACAAAGCAUCUCACCCACCGACCUCCGCUGUGUACGAAAUCCAGACUGAGGACGACCCUUCACUUCUCUCCCAACCCAUAUAUCUUCACCCGGAAGCUCUGCAGGUUUCAGGGGUUCAUCUCUUGCUUUUAUUCCUCCUCUUUGACUUCGGUGGUGUCGGUGGCUGAAGAUGAUUUCGAUGUCGAAUUGGGACGGCUUUUGGCGCUUUUGCCCGAAGAGAUGCGGAGGAAAUGCAGCGACCACGAAGAGCUCGAGAAUUUGAUCGAGGUGGUUAUGGACCUGGGUCGCAAGCCUUUGGCGCGGUUCCCGUCUGGGGAUUUUGUGUUAUCUGAUUGUCCCAUCACUGUUCAGGAUCUUGAGCAUGCUACUUCACAGGUUGGAGAUUUCGCAGUUGACAAUCGAGCGGGCAUCAGCCGGACGUUACACCGUAUCAGUGCCAUCAGAAAUAGGAAGGGAUCUAUUAUUGGUUUAACUUGUCGUGUUGGUCGAGCAAUAUCAGGUAGCGCUAAUUUGCUACGAGAUUUGGUUGAAGAUGGGGCUUCUUUGUUGCUCAUCGGACCACCAGGGGUAGGGAAAACUACGAUUAUAAGGGAAAUAGCUCGAAUGCUGGCAAAUGAUUACGAGAAACGCGUCAUGAUUGUUGACACCUCAAAUGAGAUAGGUGGUGAUGGUGAUAUACCUCAUGCAGGUAUUGGAAACGCUCGCAGGAUGCAAGUUCCUAACUCUGAUAUGCAACAUAAGGUAUUAAUAGAAGCAGUUGAAAAUCAUAUGCCACAAGUGAUUGUGAUUGAUGAAAUCGGCACAAAACUUGAAGCAAUGGCUGCUAGCACAAUUGCACAACGUGGAAUUCAGCUUGUGGCCACUGCCCAUGGAGUUACAAUAGAAAAUUUGGUAAUGAAUCCUUCAUUGGAGAUGCUUGUUGGAGGAGUACAGAGCGUGACGCUUGGGGAUGAAGAAGCGAACCGGAGGAGAGUUCAGAAGACGGUGCUGGAGAGGAAAGGACCUUCAACUUUUAGUUGUGGGGUGGAGAUAAUUUCACAGACUGAGUUGCGGAUUCAUUGUAGCCUGGAAGCAACGGUGGAUAAUAUUCUAUCUGGUCGUAUCCCAAAAUUUGAAGUUCGCAAGACAAACUCUCAUGGGUCAGUGGAAAUGAUGCAACCGGAACCCCUUGAUUACACUUCCACCGAUGGUAAAGAAGAGAUUAUUAAUGGAGAUGCUUUCGAGAUGACGGAUGCAAUAAGUGGCCGUAGUGAGAUAACUUAUGAAAUUUCUUCAUGCAUGGGAGAUGAAGCUGUGGAAAAUGAGACACGACUUCGCAUGUAUGCCUAUGGGAUAGUGGAGGCAAGCGUCAUACAAGGGAUUAAAAAGUUGAAGUUGGAUGAUGCCAUUCAAUUAACUGAUAACAUUAGCGAGGCAGAUGCGCUACUUGCUUUACAGUCUAGGCUCAAGAAGAAUCCACGGAUUCAAUCCGUAGCUAGAUCUCGUGAUGUACCUAUAUAUGUAGUGAAGACUAGCUCAUUGCUGCAGAUAACAAAGGCCAUACGGGCAUUCAUGACUGAUCAUGCUGAUGGCUUGAUGGAGGUGGGAUCAGAAGAUUAUCUCAAAUCAUCUGAGAAAACUGAUGCCAUAGAGGAGACGAGAAUAGCCAUAGUGCAGGUAGUAAUCCCAAAAGGGGAACCUGCCAAUCUACUCCCUCGGCCAUCCCACAUUAUGAGCCUUCAGAUCGACCUCAUUCAGAAGUACCAGUUAAAAUUUGAGAUGGUUGGUAUGGAGCCAGGUACACAUAUUCGUAUACUUCCAUUUCAGACUAUGGUGGAUGAUGACGGUGACGAUGAAGCAGAUGAUGGCUUGGAUGACUAUCUCAGGGCCAGCGGUGACACAAAUGAAUCCCUGGGUGACACAAAUGGAUCCCUGGGUAACACAAAUGGAUCACUGGACAGUGUAGACAGGUUACCUCUCCUGCCUGAAUAAUGACUGAUGUGUAUAUUGUGCAAGGCUACACUUUAUAGUUUUAACUUUUAAUAGAUGCAAUAUCAUUAUGAAUUGGUCCACAGGAGUUAUAUGCCUGGUUCAUCAUUAUAUAUUGAUCAUCAUAUAUUCAUUGCCAUGAUCAUCCUUUAGAAAGUUCAAUUUAGAAGUUGAGAUA